AUGGGUCUCGGUGUGCUCGAGUCCAAGACCUUGAACAAUGUGCCAGGGACGACGCGCUACUUCGACGAUCCCAGCCUUCCACAGACCGCGACCGAUGCCCACCACGGAUUGAAAGUCGAUUCGAGCGGCGACGUGCCCAUCAUACUCAUUCCCCAACCCUCCGACGACCCGAAUGAUCCCCUCAACUGGCCCUUGUGGAAGCGAGACCUCAUCACCCUCAUCCUUUCCCUCACAGCCAUCUUUGCGACCGCCCUAGGGCCCAUCCUCGCCGCCAACACCGUCACCAUCACUCUGCUCUUCCGCAGCAACUUCACCCACGUCGCUCUCCUGACAGGAUACUUUCUCCUUGGUGCUGGCGCUGCCGCCAUCUUCUUUGUCCCUUCUGCGCGUGUCUGGGGUAAGCGCCACCUCUUUAUCUUGGGAACAUGCAUCCUCAUCGCUUCCUCCGCCUGGGCCGGCGCCGUCGGAACGAGCUACAACUCGCUUUUGGGCGCCCGGCUCGUUCAGGGCAUCGGCUGCACGCCCUUUGAGAGCCUCGUCAACGCUGCCGUCGGUGAUUUAUACUUUGUCCACCAGCGCGGCUCGCGCAUGGCCUUCACGAACCUGGCUGUGUUUGGCGGCGCCUUCUUCACCCCUAUCGUCGUCGGCAAAAUCACCCACACUAUCGGCUGGUGGUGGACUUUCUACCUCGAGGCCAUCUUCUGCGCCAUUAUGCUUCCCGCCGUAUUCUUCUUGUGCCCGGAGACUGCCUACCGCCGGGACGCCGCGCUCAACACCGAUAUUGGUGCCGAGUCCAUCGAACUUGCCAGCAAGCCCGGCGGCUUCUUCGGGGACGGUUCAAGCAACCCGCCUAGCGACGACCGCGAGAAGUUGACCGCCGGCUCAUCGACAAACACACCCGGGCUGGAAGCUAGCCGAGGAGCUCACACUCCCAAAAAGACAUAUGUACAGUCGCUUGCCUUGUUCGACGGCCGCAAGACGGAUGAGAGCUACUGGAAGCUUCUUCUGCGCCCGUUUCCGCUGUUUGUUCAGCCCGCCUUCCUAUGGGGGUGUUUGAUUCAGGGCGCCAUGAUUGGUUGGACUGUCUUCAUUGGUGUCAUUGUUGCCGCCAUCUUCCUGGGACCACCUUACUUUUGGAACGAGGUCAACGCCGGGUACGCCUACGUGGGCGCUUUCGUAGGAGCCCUCGUUGGGUUCGUCAUCGCUGGCGUCUUCUCCGACUGGAGUGCCAACUUCAUGACUCGCCGCAACGGCGGCAUCUACGAGCCAGAGUUCCGGAUCGUCAUGGUGCUUCCCAUGUUUAUUGUCGGCGGCAUAGGCCUGUACGGCUUCGCCAUCACUUCUGCCGGUCUCGCCAGCCAGCAGUACCACUACAGCGUCCCGCUCAUCUUUUUCGGUUUCGAGGUCGCCGGUAUGGUCAUUGGCGCAGUAGCCAGCUCCCUGUACAUUGUCGACGCGUACCGCGAAAUCGCCAUCGAGGGCUUCACCAUCAUGAUUAUCUUCAAGAACAUCUUUAGCUUCGGGUUGACGUACAGCGCGUACGAUUGGAUCAUUGCGGGUGGAAUCAAGCCCACCAUGAUGGCCAUCGCAAGUGUUCAGGUGGUAAUCUGCGCUUCGAGCAUUCCGAUGUACAUUUAUGGCAAGCGCGUCCGCGCUUAUUUCCACCAGCACGAUCUGCUCAAGCUGACCGGUCUGCGAUAA